AGCGGAACACGCAAUAAUAUCCGCUUAUAAUGCCUAAGUGUAAUAAAACUUACCAAUGUACGACAAUUAAGAUAUUGAAAUUCAACAUUCACUAAGAAUUUUAAAAGUAUGUCACUAAUCGAUAAAUUACAAGAGCCUGAUGACAACAUACCAUUGGCCGAUGAGGACACACAAGUGAUUAUUAACGAUGAUGAUCCACAUCAACAUAUGCCAAAUGGACAUUCGAUGGAUUCGCUCCGCUCGUCAUUUACUAACCGCAGCUCCACCCCUGACUCAUCACACAAUUCAUUAGAAGUAGAUGUAAGUCCCGAUGAGAAGGAAGAAAAAGCUCGCCUUAUUACACAAGUAUUGGAACUGCAAAAUACACUCGACGAUCUUUCACAGCGUGUUGAUUCUGUAAAGGAAGAAAACUUAAAAUUACGUUCUGAGAAUCAAGUGCUUGGACAAUAUAUAGAGAAUUUAAUGUCAGCUUCCUCUGUAUUCCAGUCAACAAGUCCAAAUGCAAAAAAGAAGUAAAACAUUAACAGGACUAAUAGUAGCUCCUUAGGCGGUUCGAUUAGGCUUAAAAAUAAAUAUAUAUUUUUUUUCAUUGCUGAGUUGCAAAUGUUCCGAUGUUCAAAUAAUCUAGUGUAAUUUCUAUAAGUUUAUUUCAUCAAAUUUUCCUUACAUUAUUCAUUAGUUUUUAACAAAAAAAUGUUUAUUAAUUAAACACAUUUUUAGCAUACAGUACACAGCGCUUUGCACACAUUUACUUCGCGAUACCAAAUAAAAUGCCUUUAACUGAACAAUAAUUUUUAUUAAAACACAAGCCUUUUCCACAAACUAAAUAUAUCAUACUAACCCAAAUUUUUGUCUGACUAACGCUUUUGAUGUUUUUUUAGAUUUUGAAAUUUUUUACAAAUAAUUGAAUUGUAAUUUAUUUCGUCGAAAGUAAUUGCAAAUUGAAAGGAGAUUUUGCAAAAAAAAGGUCUCCUUAGGGCCUUCUGCAGGAAAAAACUAAUAUAUGAGCAAAUUUCCUGGCUUUACGCACUGUGGUUCGGACGUUCGGCGAGUUACAUAACGUUUCGUUUUUUUGAUAUAUAAUAUAUAUGUAUGUAUGUAUGUAUGUAUAUACAUAUAAGAUAAUAUAAUAAAAUGAUACCAGGUGUAUUCCGACCAA